AGAUAACAUAGAAAGCCUGAAAAUGGAGCAUGUGUUGGGUGAUCUCGACGGCAAGACGGACGUGCUGCGCUUCAUCGUGGGCUUCCUUUCGUUCCGCGACUGGCUCUGCUUAUCGUCCUGCAGCCGCUCUCUUGCCAGCUCGGAUUUGCGCCGCUUCGUGCUGUCCCAGGGCGUGCUGCGCGUGCCCCCACCUCCUCUGACGAACAAGAUGGACGAGCUGCCAACCGCCGACUACUAUGCCGACAGUUUCCUGCGCCAUAUGAAGCCGGAAAUGCUGCGUUGUGUUACAACCAUCAAGGUGCCACGUACAGGCAUGCAUUUGUUGAAUUUACUGCGCGUUUUACCCGCUUUACGCUCGCUGCGGUUCUGGGACUACCCAUACUGGACCCCAGAGGACGACAAGCCUGAGGAAGAGGAGCCAGCAAUUAACGUGGCGGCAGUGCUGCAACUACUACCAACACUGCAGGAAUUAAACGUCGCAGACGCCGAUAUUACACUAUCAGAGCUGCUGGAGGUGGUAGGGCAAGGACCCGAAAAUAAGGAUAUUCAACCGACUGGAUGGAACUUAAGAGCUUUAGAUUUGGCAGAAACUGAUGUAGUAGAUCUGGCGCCACUGGUAGUACUGCCACAUUUACAGUCGCUGAGUGUCAGACGCACCAACGUGGCCAGCUUGGCUGUGUUGGAGGCGCUACCAGAGCUCCAUGCGUUGGACGUGUCCGAAACUAGGGUCGUCGAAUUUAGCGCCUUGAAGACUCUGCCACACUUGGAGACGCUAGAUAUAAGCAAGAAUUGGGUCACGACAGAUCUGAGUGUGCUGCAGCAUUUGACGGCGUUGAGAUCAUUGAAAGUCACGAAUAUCGGUGCGUCCGAUGCGUCGGAGUUGACGUUGAAUUGCCCCGACCUCGAGAUUUUACACUUGCAAAACACAAGGCUAACGGAUCUGGAGUUUGUGAGAGGCUUGUCUAAUCUGACAUAUCUGGAUAUUCGCUGGACGCACGUGGGGGAUCGACGUCCGUUGGCUGCGCUGGAAUCGCUGGAGCACUUGCUGCUAGAUACACGAGAAAGAGGAGAAACAGCUACCGAGAUGGCGGAACUACCUGUACUACCUGUAAACUACGAGUGGUUGGGCAGUCUACACAAACUGAAGAAGUUGAGAAUGUACAAACACAACUACCCGGACGAUAUCGCCGAUGUACUGCAGGAAGAGGUCGAAGAGAGAGGAACCACGGUUGUUUCUACUAGAGGACUGACGAUCCCCAUGACGCAUCGCGUUCCCAGUUCAUUUCUCAGGUUUGUGAGUAGACAGGGAGCGUUGACAUCGCUCGAACUGCCGCCACUAACGGACUACUCGCCACUGACCUUAAUGUCGUCCACUCUACACCAUUUGCGACUGCAACAGUGGUGUGCAGACGACUUGGCUCAGAUCGCGGCACUUGGAGAAAUGCCGGCUCUUACUAGACUAUCGAUGUCGCUACCACCCACCGCUCAGGUCAUGGAUCUUCUUCCUCUUGAAGGUUUUGUACAGCUGACUCAGUUAGAGCUACUAGACGUUCUGUUUGAAGAUCUAUCUCCGCUUGGAGCGCUCGUGAAUCUAGAGAAACUAGAGCUAUCUCUACUUGAUCGUGGCAAGCGACAGCUAGCACGUCGUCACAAGGAUCACCAGACUACGUUCGAGUUCCUCUUGCAGCUAACAAAGUUGGAGGAAUUGUCACUGGCCGGUCGCGUGGACUUUAAAGACGCUGCGUUACUAUCAGGGAUGCGGAAGAUGCGUCGGCUGUGGCUCAAUGCGACCAAAAUCGAUGACGCUUCUCCAUUGGCCUCAUUAACGCGUUUAGAAAUGCUGGAGCUGGGACUCACACCGUUGACGACAGUUGAAGGAAUCCCCAGAUUGCCUGAGCUCCAGUCGAUUUGGAUCCCCGAAGCCGUCGAGUGCAAGCCCUUACGUGACGCGACCAACUUCCCACGACUGCAUUCGAUCUGGCACCCAGACGACUACAACUGUCUUUGGACAGACCAUAAGUUUUAAGAUGAAAAGUUAAUCGCAUUCUCGUAAUUGUGGGUCUUAUUAAGGGUUGCCAGUUAAACAUUACACGGUGGGCGACACCAAAG